AUGCGACGAGAUGGCGUCCAGAGGGUCAAGCGGAUGCCUCCGAGGACGAGGGAGAUGAAGAUUCCGCGGAUAUUUCUUCGAGCUGGAGAUAUUAAUGCGGGCGUUCUCCCCGUUCUCUGGGCGAGAAGAGACUUUCCUCUUCUAGCCAAUGACAAAUCACUAAAGAGAGGAGACUUUGACUUUAGGUCAACCCCCAGUGGAAUAACAGCAUACAAAUGGACGGACAGCAAAGCAGUGCACUUGAUUUCCAAUUACCAUGGAACUGAGAUUAGCACAGUGCGGAGGAAAGAAAAAGAUGGAACGAAGGUGGUCGUUACCUGUCCACAAGUCGUUAAAGACUACAAUGACUACAUGGGAGGCGUCGACAAGCAUGACAUGCUUCGACAAUUGUAUGGUGUCAACAGAAAAGGCAAAAAGUGGUGGCACAGAAUAUUUUUUGGCUUGUUUGACAUGGCUAUUGUUAAUGCCUAUGUCAUAUACAAAGAAACCAAUGCAGAAAGUGCACCACUGUUGAACUUCCGCAGGGAAUUAGCGCAAGGCCUCCUCACACUAGGAAAAAGUAACGCCUCCCUGGGAGCUUCUAAGCGGCGCAAGGUUGCUUAUUCUGUUCCUGCCUCUGUCAGAUUCAACAACACUGGUGUUCAUUGGCCUCACUUCACUGAAAAGAAGGGAAGGUGCGAGGUGUGCUCCAAAAAGGGGGUUGAGUCCAGGCCAUUCUCUAUCUGCAGCCACUGCGGCAUUCAUCUAUGCUGCAAUGCCUCCAAGAAUUGUUUCAGGGAGUUCCACUCAUAA